AUGCCCACUCUCGGCAAGCGCAAAUCACGGGGCGACGCAGAAGCGCCCGCGAGCGGCGUCUCGGAGCUCGACGCCGAGGCCAUCUUCCGGCGCCACUUUGAGGCCCAGUUUGAGCCGCUCGACGAGGCGGCGGCGCAGCGCGAGCAGGACGACGACGACGCGGUCGACUCGGACUUCAACGCCGACGAGGUGGAAGAGGAGCAGGAUAGUGACGGCGACGAAUGGGGGGGCUUCUCUGGAGGGGAGGAAGACGCUGAUGACGACGAGGAAGAGGACGCGCCGGCUGUCCAGGUCAUAGACCAUUCGAAACCACAAGUCUCCAAAGAGCCCAAGAUGAGCAAAAAGGAACUCAAAGCAUUCAUGUCCUCCAAAGUCAUCGACCACACCGCGCCAGCAACCACCAGCACCGCGCCUCCCUCGUCCAAGGCCAGCAAGGCCAUGCCUGAGGACGCGCCGUCUCUGCUGGCGCAAGAUUUCGAGCUGCGGCGGCUCCUCGCCGAGUCGCACCUCUUCACGCCCGCGGCCCACCACAGCAGCAGCAACAACGGCUCGCAGGAGGGUGAGGCGUUCGCCGCCGGCCGCACGCGGCUAAAGGCGACGGACCUGCGGCUGCAGGCGCUCGGGUCCAAGACGUCGCUGCUCACGCAGGUCAAGAUGCCCAUGAAUAUGCGCAAGGGCAUCGUCGCCGCGCGCGAGGCCCGCGAGGACAAGCGCCGCCGCGAGGCCAAGGAGAAUGGCAUCAUCUUGGAGAGGAGCAGCGCCCAGCGAGGCGGCAAGAAGACUGGGAGGGUCAGGAAGGAGAGGGGCGUGCAUGGGCCGGGCAUUGGACGGAUGAGGGGCUCCGAGCUGCGUAUUAGUGAAGGCGACGUGAGGAAGAUUGAGGGCAGUAGAGAUACGUUUGGCAGACGAGGGCGGCGGUAG